UGCAAGCUUUUCCCCGGGUGCCCUUCCCGAUCUUUCACUCCUGCUCAACAAAGUAUUUCACCACCACCUCGAUGAUAUGCUAUGGAAGCCUGGGGGUUACGAUUGACUGUGCCAACCACCCAUACUCUGAUAGAGUCAGGUGGCGACUGUCAUGCUCCGCCGAUCACCGGCUCUAUUGCCAUCGCCGUUCCCUCUGCUAGCUUAACAUCUUCCACGGAGAAUUACCCCCAGUUCGAAAUUAGUCUUACGCGAUCGGUGACACCCAAGCCCCCUGAUGUCGCGGUCCCCCGCACCAAUAAGAGCUAUAGUUUUUUCUUUAAGCGCAACCCGAAGCCCAAGUCGUCAACAAUCCAGGACUCUCCCCAUGCAACCACAUCCCUGGAGCCCACCGUUGAGACGCUAGUACAAUAUAACCUCUGCCAUGCCCCGGAUGAGAUAGAUCCCAAAGAGGACGAGGAUGAGACAUGGCUGAGGUUCAAUUUCUACAUCCCUGUGCCAAGCAAUAUCCCGCCGACGACGGAGACCAUCCUAGGGAGCGUGUCCUAUGCGAUCACUGCCACGGUAACCUCCACGAUAUCCGGCACAAGGAUAUUGAAAGAUACGCAGCAAGUAAAGAUGUCCCGCCGUGUGGUCUCGGAGCCAAUCCGACAUAUCCGACAGUAUCCGGGCGAAAGGGUCCUAACGGAAUUAUCCCUGAUACCCACUCAACUAUACUCAGACUCACCCGAGGAGACGAAAGUAGCGUACUCACUAGAAUGGCUGGCCCAUUCUACCAUUGCAAAGGGAGCGCGAGACAUGGAAGUGAAAUAUGUGGUGGGCAAAGAGUUGAGGUGGAGAGUAGAAGAGACCGUCAAGUACCUCGCUAUCGCGCGGGGCGGUGGCUCACAAAGAGACGCAGUAACGACCACCUGCAAAGAGCAGCGCGUACGGCAAUUAUGUGAAGGGAAACAAAAAGGCCACUGGAUAGCCAGUGGGAGCUUACAAGGAGGCGACCAUACGAUUGAGAUUCCAUUUGACAUCAACAUUCCCGCCAAAGUGAGGGCAGCAGAUGGAAUAGGGCUACCUUCAUAUCUAUGCCAUCACGAGGAGAAGGCUUGCGAUUGCAAUCCGAGCCAAACAACCGGUGUCACAGUCGAGCAUAAUCUGAUUCUGGAAGUGAUCACGGGCCAGGAUACGUUUGACGAGGCAAGUGGAAGACUUGUCGAUCGCCGGCCCCGCAUGAAGUCCUUCAAUGCCCUUUUCCCUUUUUCGAUUCAGAAUUUCGUCAGUGGGGACAGUCUUUCGCUCAGCGAAUUCUAUGUGGACGAUACUCUGCCAAGAUAUGACGAUACGUAUCUACGGCCACCUCAAUAUGCCACUGCCCAUUGAAAGAUCGUCUUGUUUGGUUGACAGGCGGUUCAUCCGUGUCCCUGAAGGAAAGGGAUGCUCGCCAGAGGAAAUACCACCAAGUCUUUUGAUGCUAUGUGAUAUUCUGUGGUGUAGUGGAGCUUCCUUGCAGUUUUUCAUUCUUAUUCAAAGUGUUAUUACU